AGCCAUUUUGCCGUUCCAGGCUUUUAGUCGAGGGCAUGCCCUGAAGGGGCCGCUCGAGCCAUGGCUAAAGCCCCCUUGGAGCGGGGAAGGGCCGAGCUUCCGGACUUCGAGGCCGCAGAACCGGGAAAGGAGUCAGAUCCGUGGCUGCGGAGCAUCGACGCCAUCGUGGCACGGCGCCAGGAGGAGCUCUUCUGCCGCCUGCACACGCUGCUGGCGAAGCCGGCGCCGCCACUGCCGGAACAGGAGCGGGCUGAGAGCCUAGAACGUCCCAGGCUCAGCACCAGCGACUCCGAACUCCCCGAGCUCGGCAACAUCGAGCGCGUGUCGCGGAGGGAGCAUCCCACCAAGACAAAGAAGCGGUGCCAGGUCAAUGCCAUGCCACUGCUGGAAGAGGAGGAGUACGAGGCUCUGGCGGACGAGCGUUCCAAGCUCCGGGCCGCACGCACCGCGAGCACGGGCAUGGAGGAGCCGGAGGAGGAGAAGAAGGCGCGCUGGAGCAGCGGCCUCGCGCAGGUGGUGAACUCCAAGAACUUCGAAGGUGUUUUUGCGGCAGUCAUCGUCAGCAACUGCAUCUUUCUAGGAUUGGACCUUGAGUAUGCAGCCCAGAACAUGGUGUCCACCCUGCCCUGGGGCUUCAAGGCCCUGGAUUACACCUACGCGGUGCUCUUCGCCAUCGAGCUGAUUCUGAAGAUCUGUGUGCACGGCUGGAGCUUCUUCUACAUCCAGGACCGCUCCCUGAUGUUCUGGAAUUACCUGGACCUCACCAUCGUGACCACCAGCGUGGUGGAGCUGAUCUUCGACAUCGUCCUGAUCUUCGAGGAGGACGACGGCAGCGCGGAGCGAAGGGGCGCGCCCACCAACCUCAUCCGCAUCGUGCGCAUCGUGCGGGUGCUGCGGGUGAUGCGAGUCAUCAAGGUGGUAAAGUUCAUCUCCGGGCUGACCUCCUUGGUGUCCUCCAUCCUCUCCACUUUGAAGUCACUGUUCUGGAGCUUGGUGUUGCUACUGAUGGUCAUCUACGUGUUUGGGAUCCUCUUCACGGACACGGCCAUCAGUCACAUCCUCUUCGUGGAGGACGAGGAGUCCGCGCUGGGCGACACCACGCUGGAGGAGCUGAAGCGACACUUCGGGUCUUUGCACCUGUCCAUGCACACGCUCUUCCGCUGCGUCACCGGCGGCACCGACUGGGGGGACAUGGCCGCGCUGCUGAUCACGGUGGACUGGGCCUGGGGCUAUCUCUUUACCGGCUACAUUGCGUUUUCAUACUUUGCGGUUUUGAACGUCAUGACUGCGGUCUUCUGCCAGCGUGCCAUUGAAAGCGCGGAGCAGGACGAACAGAACAUCAUGCAGAGGUUUGUGGACGACCAAGCGCGGCACCGGAGUCGCAUCGAGCAGCUCUUCCACACCUUCGACGGCAUCGAGAAGGAUGGGGCGAUCACGCUCAGCGAGAUGGAGCAUUUCUUCGACCACGAGGAGGUCCGUGCCAUGUUUCAGUCCUUGGACCUCACUGCGCGGGAUUCCUGGACCCUCUUCAAGCUGCUGGAUGAGGAGGGCAACGGAGACAUUAACCUUCCGGAGUUCAUGGAUGGCUGCAUGCGCCUCCGUGGCCCUGCCAAGGCGCUGGACAUCGCCUGCGUCAUGGACGAGAGCCGUCGCAUCAAGCGCAAGAUGAUGGUCACGGACUACCGCAUCCGGGAUAUGGAGCGAAUGGUGACCGCGCUCCGAGAAAGAACGGGGGGCAGCGGGAACGGCGAAGAAGCGCAGGCAGCUCCGGAUCCAGGUGCCAUCGCGGUGAACGACAAGGUGCUGCGGCCCGAGGAUCCUUUCUUCGAGGACCUCGCCUACGAUGUGGGCCCACACCUCGAUUUCCUCCAGCCCCACCUCUUACUGCCCGGGGCUCUGACCUGAGCGAAAGGCCGAUGGCCCGGCCGAGCGCCAGCGCAACCGGUAAACCAACCUGGCGA